AUGUAUACUUUUUUGCCACAGCUAAUUAUUUUACAGUUUAUUGUUGAGGUGCUACCUAUGAAGCUUGAAUUAACAGACCGUCUAUUUCGAACGACACCACACCGAUCAGUCCCAUUGACCGCUGAUGCACCUGGACGGGGCCGAUCAAUUCACAUUCUAGGCAUUAACGGGGGGAAGGAUAACUGCGGUCGUCGUCUCUUGGUCGUUGUUGCUCGAAAGCGCGAAUUGGGAAUUGAUGCUAUGGCAUGUUUGCUGUCCAUUUUAUUUGAAAAACAAUAA